AUGAACGUGAGGGUGACGACGAUGGAUGCGGAACUCGAGUUCGCCAUCCAACCGGCGACAACCGGAAAACAAUUGUUUGAUCAAGUCGUCAAAACUAUUGGACUUCGAGAAGUUUGGUUUUUCGGACUCCAGUACACGGAUUCAAAGGGAUCCCUGACGUGGAUAAAAUUGUACAAAAAGGUUAUGAACCACGAAGUGAAAAAGGAAAAUCCACUCCAAUUCAAAUUUCGCGCCAAAUUCUAUCCGGAAGACGUGGCGGAAGAAUUGAUACAAGAUAUAACGCUGAGACUUUUUUACCUUCAGGUUAAAAAUUCGAUACUUUCCGACGAGAUUUACUGUCCGCCGGAAACGUCCGUUCUUCUCGCUUCGUACGCCGUACAAGCGAGAUACGGAGAUUACAACAAGGCAUACCACGGAUCCGGAUUUUUGUCAAACGACAGACUGUUGCCUCAAAGAGUCAUGGACCAGCACAAAAUGUCCAAAGAAGAAUGGGAAUCAUCGAUAACGACCUGGUGGAACGAGCACAAGGGAAUGCUUCGGGAGGAUUCGAUGAUGGAAUAUUUAAAAAUAGCCCAAGAUUUAGAAAUGUACGGUGUAAAUUAUUUUGAAAUUCGUAACAAGAAAGGAACCGAGUUGUGGUUGGGAGUCGACGCGUUGGGAUUAAACAUAUACGAAAAAGAUGAUAAGUUGACGCCGAAAAUCGGUUUCCCAUGGUCGGAAAUUCGUAACAUAUCGUUCAACGAUAAAAAAUUCAUGAUCAAACCCAUCGAUAAAAAAGCUCCCGAUUUUGUUUUCUUCGCUCCCCGCAUAAAAAUCAACAAGAGGAUUUUGAUUCUCUGCAUGGGAAAUCACGAUUUGUACAUGAGGAGAAGGAAACCCGACACGAUCGACGUUCAACAAAUGAAAGCUCAAGCGAGAGAUGAGAAAAUAGCAAAAUUGCAACAGAGGGAAAAACUUCAGUUGGAAAUACAGGCGAGAGAAAGAGCCGAAAAGAAAUAUUUAGAAGUCGAAGAACGUUUUAAAAUUGUGACUGAAGACUUGGCGAAAAAGAAACAAGAUUUGCACGAGGCUCAAGAGUCGAUAACGCGUCUCGUGGAACAAUUAAAAGAAGUACAGGUAGCCAAAGAUGAAUUGGAGGCUAGGCAAAAUGAAUUACAGAUGAUGAUAAUUCGAUUGGAAGAAUCGAAGAACAUGGAAGCCGCGGAAAGGCAAAAAUUGGAAGAUGAAAUAUCGGCGAAACAAGAAGAAUUGUUACGCGUCAAAAGCGAAGUCGAUAUCAAAGCGGAAGAAACCAAACGUUUACAGAUGGAAGUGGAAGAAGCGAGGCAAAAGGAAAAGGAAGCCAACAUGCAAUUUUUGGCGGCGUCAACGACUCCCCAGCAUCAUCACGUCGCCGAACACGAUGACGAAAACGAUGAUUUGCCCAACGGUGACGUGACGAAAGAAUUAGAAACGGAUUCGAAUAUCGUGGAUCCGGUCGAAGAAAGACGUACUCUGGCCGAAAGAAACGAACGCCUUCACGAUCAGUUGAAAGCGCUCAAGCAAGAUUUGGCGCAAUCGCUGGACGAAACUAAAGAAACUGCCAUGGAUAAAAUACAUAGGGAAAACGUUCGCGUCGGACGGGACAAGUACAAGACUUUGAGAGAGAUUCGAAAGGGUAACACGAAGCGACGAGUCGAUCAAUUUGAAAACAUGUAA